AUGAAAUAUCAAACUUUAUUCACUUUAUCUUCGAUAAUGGACGUGAUAAAUGACAAAGAUUUUGAUAGCGCGCUUGAUCAUCUCAAUAAAGAUUUUCAUUUUCUCAGCACUAAUAGAAAAGAUGUGAAUAGCUUUCAAAGUAAUGACCAGAGAGUCAAAGAAAGACAUUUAAGGGAAACACUUCAAUCACGGCAUGGCCCAACAGCUGAAAUUCAUGACCAGUUUUACAGAGAUCAUAAGCUUUUGCUUGUUUUAUUCCGAGUUCUUGCUGUCAUGCCAAUUGAAAGAUCGAGUCCAGGACGAAUAACAUUUUCGUGGAAAUCACGAGCAUCAAUUUAUGCUUUUUUCUUUUACACCUUCGCCACUGUAAUUGUUGUUAUUGUUGGUCUUGAACGGAUCAAAAUUCUUGGAGAAACGAAGAAAUUCGACGACACCAUUUAUGGAAUUUUAUUUAUAAUUUUCCUUAUUCCCCAUUUUUGGAUUCCUUUCGUAGGUUGGGGUGUUGCGAGUGAAGUUGCACGAUAUAAAACCAGUUGGGGAGCAUUUCAACUUUGUGGUACAUCAACAGUCGAGGAAUUAAAGUCGCAUCAGAAAAUCUCUCAAGAUGCUUUAGGAAGGUUGGCUAACAUUACUCUCGCCCUUUAUGGAACGAUGUCUAGCGUCAUUGACCAUGGAUUUCAAUUCUCGUUCAAGGAAAUUGGACUCAUUGUUGACACGGUUUACUGUUCCAUUCUUUUGUUCGUGUUUUGUGACUGCUCGCAUAGCUCAACAUUGCAGGUUGCACAAGGAGUUCAAGACACUUUAUUGACGAUUAACUUAUUGGUAGUUGAUCGACCCACGCAAAAAGAAAUUGACAUUUUUACUCAAGCGAUUGAAAUGAAUCCGGCAAUUGUUUCACUCAGAGGGUAUGCGGAAGUUAAUCGUGAACUUUUGACAUCUAGCAUCGCUACGAUUGCAAUUUAUUUAAUUGUAUUGAUACAAUUCAAAUUAUCAUUGGUUCAACAGCAAUCAAGAAAUUAA